UUACCCAAUACAGAGCAGAGCGGAACACAAGCGUUCUUUUAGUUUUCAUCGUUAGCUGUUGGACUCGACUCUCCGCAAAUCUCUUCUAAUAUGGUGUCCACCUUCAGAUCUAAACCGUUUCUUGCGAUACUUUUCCUGCAGUUAUGCCUUUCUCUUAUCUCUUCCGCCCUUGCGCUGUCGCCUGGGUCUGCUGAUGGCUACACUAUCAGUGGUAGAGUGAAGAUUUCAGGUAUGGGCACGAAAGUGUUUGGUUCUUCUGGUGGAAAAAUAUCAAAUGCCAAGGUUAUACUCAAUGGUGGCCGAAGCAUAACAUUUCUGAGGCCUGAUGGAUACUUUUCAUUCCAUAACAUGUCAGCAGGGACUCAUUUAAUUGAAGUGGCUGCAAUUGGCUAUUUCUUUUCUCCAGUCCGAGUCGAUGUUAGUGCCAGAAACCCUGGCAAGGUUCAGGCUGCAUUGACAGAGAACAGGCGGGGUCUGAAUGAAUUGGUUCUAGAGCCAUUGAGAGAGGAGCAAUAUUAUGAGAUUAGGGAACCGUUCUCAAUAAUGUCUGUCGUGAAAAGCCCAAUGGGUCUCAUGUUGGGAUUUAUGGUGGUGGUUGUGUUUUUAAUGCCCAAAUUAAUGGAGAAUAUGGAUCCGGAAGAGAUGAGACGUGCACAAGAGGAAAUGAGGAGUCAAGGGGUUCCCUCUCUGGCAAACUUGUUACCGAGAAGCAGUUAGAUAUUUGACUGGAAGUGCCAACCCCUUCAAAAUGGGCUCUUCUGCUAUUUUCUAAGGACCUAACUGGUCCCUCAUGAGCAUCGUUUGCUGGCUCUGCUGUCUGCUAUGUCGAGCAAAGCGAUUCUAUAAACAGAUUAUCCAUUCUUUGCACUCAGAAUGAUAUGUACACUUAUUUUAUGCCCCGGAUUGUGUAAAACACUUUUGAGAUUAUGUUAACAGUUAAACUAUAAAGGGGGUUUUAACUUAACAUGAAAGCUUGUUUAGCAUUUGUGUUUGAAUCUUGAUAAUGACAAUCUAUCAAAUUUUGUAUUUGCCAUUAA